UUAAAAAUAAAUAACGCAAACUAUGUCAAAAUGUCUCUAGAAGAAGACUUUAUCCAUUUUAAGGAUAAAAUUAGUAGCAUUGAAGAAGAAAUUAAACGACAAGUUACAGAAAGAUUGGCCAAAUAUGAUCUUACACUGAGCAUAGUGGUUGGAGUUUCUGUGGUGAUUAUUUCCACUCUGGGUAUUCUUGUGUUUGGACUAUGGAAGUUGAGAAAGAGGGCAGCUGCUCAGCAGACUCAUGGAUCUGGGCUCAAGAAGUUCCGCUUCAGAAAGAGGGAGAAAAUCAUGUUCUUUGGUCGCAAAAUGCUGCGAAAGAUGAGCAAUUUUUCUCGGAACACCAUAGAUCUUGCGCAGGGGAAGGGAAAGACGCAACUGAAUAAGAAAGAGAUUAUAAAGCUGGCAAGGAAGUUUUCAAAGAUCCUGCAGCUCAAGAAAGACCCGUCACAGCCCGUGUUACAGAAGAAGGUGCCACCAAGGUCAUUUUACGAGGAGGAUGGCUCUGAGUUUGAGGACAGUGACCACAGGAUCCCGACGGAGGUUCUCUUCAUGCUCAGAAGUGUGAGGGUAUUUGGACAUUUUGAAAAGCCCUUGUUCCUGGAGCUAUGCAAACACGUGGAGACAAAGACUAUAUCAGCUGGAAACUACCUGUUUAAGCCUGGAGAUGCGGAUAACAGCAUAUUUGUGGUACAGAGCGGCCAUUUGAAUGUCUACAUCCAUGAUGGGGGGACCGAUUACCUGGUGAAGGAAGUGACCACUGGUGAGAGCAUUCACAGCCUUCUCAGUAUCCUGGACUGCAUUGCGGGUAGACCACAGCCUUACAAGACAGUAUCGGCUAGAGCUGUGCAGAACUCCACCAUACUCAAGUUGCCUGCGACUGCUUUCCAGUCAUUGUUUGAUAGAUACCCUGAGUCACUGGUUAGAGUUGUACAGGUGAUCAUGGUGAGACUUCAGCGAGUGACGUUUACUGCCCUGCACAACUACCUGGGCCUCAGUAGUGAACUCAUCAACAGGAACAGUGACACAGAUGUGAGGAGGCUGUCCAUAUAUGCGCUCACAUCACAGACCUCUCGUAAGAGACUCAGUUCGACUGGACCAUCAGAAGCAGAAAUAGAGACUGAUCGCCAGGAGAUACCAGUGAGGCAGCCACAAACUAGUAUGUCAAAUCUGUUUGAUGAUACUGAUGAGACUGAGAUUGAUAACCCGAUCACAGACUUUGAUGCUGCCUGUAUGAGAGCCGGUGUGAAAGGCCGCAGAAGGAGCUCUAUGCGACCAAUGUCCGAGGAAGGCACGUUGGCUACAGGCCUGCCCCCCACUAGUUCUCGAGUGAGGCUGAAGGAGCCAGUGGAAACAAAUCUUCCCAGUUUUGCUGAGACCGAUGCGUCUUACACAGAUGAGGCCAUUCUUGACCUGGUAAAACAGGACAUAGUAACACUUCUGAAACUACAGUCUGAAGAUCUUCUGGAGGACCGAGUGAAGCUCUCUACCUUCAAGGCUGGAAAUACCCUUAUCAAGCAGGGAGACCAGGACUCGUCUCUGAUGUUUGUUGCAAGUGGACAGCUCAAUGUGAUUCAGCAGUAUGUGGGAGAGUCUGCAAAAGAGGUGAAGUUGUUUUCUGCCCAGCCGGGUGAGAUGGUAGGUGCCCUUGCAGUACUAACAGGGGAACCGUCUUUCUUCACAGUACGGGCUAAAACUGACGCCAAGGUUGCCAUCAUCACAAAGAAUGAUUUCUAUAACAUAAUGAGGGAGCAGCCGUCAGUUGUGUUGAAUGUAGCCUCGUUUACCCUGCUAAGGCUAACCCCAUUUGUGAGACAGAUAGACUUUGCCUUGGACUGGAUGAUGAUUGAAGCUGGAAGGGCCCUGUUCAGGCAAGGUGAACAUGCAGACUCAAUCUACAUAGUGUUGACUGGUCGACUGAGGACUGUGCUCACUUCAUCUGGAGGCAAGAAGGAGAUGGUGGGAGAGUACGGUAGGGGUGAGCUGGUAGGAAUUGUGGAGGUCCUGACCCAGCAAGAACGAGUCACCACUGGAAUUGCAGUCAGAGAUACUGAGCUAGCCAAACUGCCAACAGAGUUAUUGAACUUGAUCAAAAGAAAGCAUCCACAAGUUGUGACCCGUCUCAUACACCUGCUGGGAACAAGAAUUAUAGGAUCCAUGAGGACCAAAGAUACACUGCAGAUUUCUGAGAGCAUGGGUAAUGGUGAGACCAGAGUGUCAGUGCCCAAUCUGGCCACUGUGGCCAUCCUGCCUGCCUCCCCGGACGUGCUUCUAUCAAACUUUGUCCUAGAGCUUCAGUAUGCUCUCAAGGCUAUAGGCCCUGUCACUCGGUUCACCAGUGAGAUAGUGAAGAGAUGGCUGGGAGCCGGAGCACUGGACAAUGUGAAUGAGUUCCGCCUGUUCAGCUGGCUGGGUCAGCAGGAGGACAUCCACCGUAUGGUGCUCUACCAGUGUGACUUCACCAUGACCAAGUGGACCAAGAUGUGCAUACGCCAGGCGGACUGCAUCCUCAUUGUGGGGCUGGCAGGCAAUGACCACAAAGUGGGAGAGCUGGAGCAGCAGGUAGAGAGUAUAGAGAUGCGGGCCCAGAAGGAGCUGGUGCUGCUGCACAGGGAGGAGGCAGACUACCCCCGGGGCACCGUGGAGUGGCUCAACGCCCGGGGCUGGUGCUCCUCACACCACCACAUACGCUGUCCCAAGAGGGUCUUCAGCAAGCGAUCCUCAGCUAAAAUGGUGGAGUUGUACACAGAACUGAACAAGACAGAGCCAGAUAGGAUGUCUGACAUGAGUCGUCUGGCCAGGUUCCUGACAGGGACAUCAGUGGGGCUGGUGUUGGGUGGGGGUGGAGCAAGAGGCAUGUCACAUGUGGGCAUUAUCCGUGCCAUGCAGGAGGCCCGUAUCCCCAUCGACAUGGUGGGUGGGACCAGUAUAGGAGCCCUGAUGGGGGCGGCCUGGUGUGAGGAGGUCAACGUGACCCGAUUCACACAGAAAACUAGGGAGUGGUCAAUGAAAAUGACAUCUAUAGCAAAAAAGAUUCUAGAUCUCACAUAUCCCAUGGCGUCCAUGUUUACAGGCAGUUCCUUCAAUGAGGGCAUAGAGGAGACAUUCAGGGACAGACAGAUUGAGGACCUGUGGAUUCCAUUCUUCUGCGUCACCACUGACCUCACCUCAUCACAAAUGAGGGUGCACACCAAUGGGUCACUAUGGCGCUAUGUGAGAGCUAGCAUGUCACUGGCAGGCUACCUGCCACCCCUCUGUGACCCCAUUGACGGGCAUCUUCUGCUAGAUGGUGGGUACGUGAACAAUCUUCCUGCAGACGUGAUGAGAAGUUUUGGGGCCCAGUCCAUAUUUGCAGUUGAUGUCGGUAGCGUGGAUAACACUGAGCUGACAAACUAUGGCGACACCCUGUCAGGAUGGUGGUUACUGUGGAAACGAUGGAACCCCUGGGCAAAGCCAGUUAGAGUUCCUGACAUGCAGGAGAUCCAGUCUCGACUGGCGUACGUGAGCUGCAUGAGGCAGCUGGAGAGUGUCAAGAACAGCGACUGGUGCGAGUACAUCCGACCUCCCAUAGACAAGUAUGGCACACUGCAGUUUGGGGCCUUUGAUGAGGUUAUGGAGGUUGGUUACAACCAUGGGAGGACCAUGCUGACUGGAUGGGAGAGAGGAGGCCUGAUCAAUAAGUUGUUUCAAGAGAAGAAACAAGCUGAGAGAAAGGCACAGGAGAAAGCAGACCACAUGACACACACCCCAAAAUUGACCUAUUUCACGGAUCUAGCUGAGCUUGUGUCAAAGAUAGAGGAGCCCAGAAGCUCCACCUCUGUUGGUGAGAAUGACAACUCAGAUUCCUUUGAUGAUGACGAAGUCCUUCAAAACUUUAACCAGCAUGCUAAGUUUGUGGCUGCUUCAGAAGCCUCCCCUCUCAAGUCUGUACCAGAUAACACUGGCCUCAGCUUAGACCAGGCUGCUGGCCUGGAUUCUGAUGCUGAGGAUGAAUUCGGAAAGUAUGAUGGUGAUGAUGAUGAUGAUGACGACGAUGAUGAUGUGGUUGAAGAUGAUGAUGAUGAUGAAUAUGUCACUGAAAGCGACCCGGAGGAAGGGGUUGAUGAACACAAGGCCCUAGCUAAGAUGAAAAACUUUGAUGCCAGCAGAUUCAAGGGUGGUGAUUUUUAGCACAAACUGGCAAAAAGAAACAAGCGCUACCAAGACGGCUUUCUGGAUAUCUUAGAAAAUAAUAAAUCAACACCAAGUACAUCACUCUGUAUACAUAUACCUUAUUUGUUUAUAGACAGUAAUUGAAGCAUUUUUAAAGUAAUAAGAAUGCCCAGGCUUCAAAGGAAGACUAUUUUCAGGGUAAUACAGUAUUAUUUUAGACCAUUUCUGUACUUGAGCAGAAUGAUUUACUAAUAUUUUGUUUCACUACAUGCCAUUUUCCAAAUAAGUGAGCUAUGAUAGUGAUGCAUAUUUGAACAUUAGUUUAAACAAUUAUUGUUGUUCUUCAAGUUUGUGUUAAUAUAUGGACAAACUACAUUUACUGAUUGUCAUUACGGUUUCUAUGUUUGCUGUUUUGGCACAUAGUAGUUCCACGGAUCAUUAAAAAGCUCUGUUGAGGCAAAACAUGCCAUUUUGUAAAUGAGUACCAAUCAUUUUGAAUUGGUGAACUGCAGGGACAAGUAUAGAACAAUUAAUCUUCUUUUUAACUACAAUACAAGAGCUUGUAUAUAUUGUUUUCUAUUUGAUAUCUAAAUGAUAUGAACUAAAACUUAAAUGAUCUGAUAUUUCUGUAAAUUAUAUUUGUUUUUGGAUUAUUUAUGAGGACAUAUUAGUUUCAUUUUGAUGUUAAAUUGUUUUAUUUCAAUGAAAUGAAAAUUAAAAAAAAUAAAUUAUUUCAAAGCUGUGCAAUUGAGUGUAUGAUUGACAUGUUUAGAAUUUGUACUUACACUUUUAAAUUGUAUGAUCGAAUGUUUAGACAUACCGCAACUGAUGAACUGUGUUAUCCUGAAAUUACCAGAAUUUCACAAAUUGCUUUUAGAGGUCAGACGUUUGAAUAAUUAUUUGAAUCAUUUCAUACUAUGUCAACUUAUAGAUUAAGUAUGGUCUGUUAUGAUGUGUUUUACAGUUUGGGUGACAACUUUGGCCAAUGUUUAAGAUAACCAAGUUCAUCACUUUAGUAACAUUGUAUGACUUGUUUUGAUGUUAUUUGAUUGUUAACAUACAUGAUUGUUUCAAGAUAAAAUAAUUGAUAUGUUACAUGGACAUGCUAAAUUUUUAAUCAGUCACAGUGAUUGAUAGUAAGAUGAAAGCAAGGUUUGUUUCAUUUUUAUGUGAUCCUUAUGCCUGUUAAGACAUAUGAGAUUUAGUAUUCAGAUACUUAGAGUAGGUUUGUUUGGUUAUUAUUUUGUGAUUGUUAAACACUGCACAUUUUGAAAGUAGAUUGCGUACAGUGUGAUUGGUUGUAAACUAAGGGAGAUUAUCUAUCUGUGAAGAAAUGUGCUAAUUAGCUUAUUAACAAGGCUAUGUAUAGUUUGUAUACAUCUAUGCGAUAAGUAUUUUGUAUUUUGUGUGAAGCUUCCAUAUUCUUUACAGUUAUUUUGUUAGCUGUACUGUACAUGAAUAUUGCAUUUUGUGGCAUAUUUAUGUUUCAUUCUAUUGGCUCAGUUUAUUGUUGUGUAACCACAAAAUUCAUUUGAUCUGUCUGCCAAAAAUGCAUGCAAAAUGUAUAGUGCAUUCAAAUUAUGCAUCAUUAUUGAAAGCAUUCUUAGUGAUACAGUAGUUGUUGUUUUUUGCACUGUCUUAUGAAUUAGCAUUUAUACCGGUAGUUUAACUGUGAUACAAUUGUACUGUUCUCAAUUAUAAUAUGAAGAUAAAAUAUGGUACAAUUAUGCUUUGAGAACUUGCAGUACAAACACAUUUUUGCUUUAUGUUGAACUACAAGUCUAAAUAUUAUCAAGGGCAUCUGGGGUCAUGUUUUGAAGAGUUAAAGACCACGUCAAAGAUGAAACGGUGUUAAAUGUUAGAAUUUGUUUGUUAACAGCCCAAAAUUGUUUAUGAUAUCAAAUGUCUAUUGUUAAAGUCUCUAACACCUCUUAAAUUUAUUGAUAUAAGGUUACUAAAUAAAACUGAAUGUAGGAACUGUAUGGGCAUACAGGUUCAUAUAACCAAGCAAAGUCAGAAGAUAAUUGUGAGUUAAUAAAACCUAUUUUAUUAGAUUGUUUCUAAAUUGUUGAUGUUAAGAGGUCCUGUUUGUAUUGAUUAUGUUCUUUUUCAAUUCAAUAAAGUAUUAAUGUAGAGCAUUUAUUUGUAAUUUAUGUUUUAUAGUUUUACAGUUUAUUAUAUUACAUUGUGUUUUUAUAUAAAUUCACUUUUACUAAGUACAUUCUUUAGUGGUGUAUCAAAGUUUGUUGGAACAUGAUGCGUGUUGAGUUAUAAAUGUUGUUCAUGGUAAGUUUGUAGCUUGUGUUGUUAAUGGUUUGAUAAUUUGCAGUUUACACUUUAACAAUUUCCUUAACUACAUGUAUACACAAGGAGUUUUGUGAAAACCACCCUUGCCUUUAUUAUCUUUGUUUCUGCAGAAAUGAUAAGUAUUGAAUAGUUAAAAUAAUGUCAGUAAUUGAUUUUUCAGACAAACAUUAAAUAUGGAAAAUCUGUGCCCUAUUGACAAAUGCCUUGUUGACCAUGUCUUGGUAUGCACAUGGUUUAGCUAGUCAAGAAACUGCACAUACCUCAGUUUUUUAACAAUGCAAGUUAUAUUAUUGAAAUCCACGAUUUGUAAUUAAAAAAAAGUAAUGUAGUUGUCUCCUGUAAUGUUUUAAUGUUGAUUAGAAUACUUUUUAAUCAGAGAUUCGAAAAGAAUCUAUCCAAAUGUUUCAUACUUCAGAUAAGUUGGAAGUAAUGUUGAAGUUUCCUAUGUCUCCUGUUACAGUUGUUGUAUAAGUUAUUGGUUUCAGAGACUUCCAUGUAUCUUGUGCUGUUGCUUAUAUAAAACAAAGAGUGCACAUGACAAGUUAUGGACAGAUUAAAGAGGUUCAUUUAUGUACAAAAAUUGUUGAUAAAAAAGCAAUCGGGGAAAAAAAUGCUGAGAAAUUAAAAAUAUUUCCAUUUAUUGUAAAAAUAUGUAUGUUUUGUUAACUCUUUUGGUGUUUUAUUUUUUUGCAAUUAUUUACUUUAUAUGAUAAGUUUCAUUUAUCUUAUGAUGUACUUUCAUUUGUUGUUUCCUUUUUUUUCAUAUUUUUAAAAUAUGUAACAUUUGUGUACAAUUUAGUGAGACAUUUAACAGAUUAUUAAUUUUGCACUUGGCUUGAAGUGGUGUUUUUGUGUUUGUUGCUCAUCAUUUAAAGCCAGUCCGAAAACAGAUCUCUUUGGCGCACAAGUAAUCCAGGUCCCCCCGUCAGUCAGAAAACAAAACUUCAAGACAUUGCUAAUGUAUAUCAGUUUCAUAAAUAAUUUGCACACUUUGUAAACUGAAGUCAUUUCAAUGUUCUCAUGUUUUUCAGAUCUUCGAAAUGUUUACUGACUUGACAACUGAAUGAUAAUACUGUAUACCUUUGCAUUAUCAUGAAGACUUGGGUGUUUACGAUAUUCACACUCUAUGGCGUUCUAGACUUUUCUAUUUAAGGCAUUAUUAAAAAUCUGUCUGUUGUUCUAAACUGUUAAAAUAGUAGUUGACCUCAUCUUUUAACUCCAGCCUUUAUCCAUAUUAAGCGGAGACCAUGAAAUAAUUUAUUUGAAUUUUCAAUUAGAAAAUCUAUAUCUUAAACAUAUAAUAAAAUAAGAAUUGUCUGAUAUAUUGCUUAUUAAAAUAAAACACAUGCCCCUCAAGAAAUAGUUAAGACCAUUGAAGGCUUGGUCGCAAUAUAGUUACCAACCAAUCAGCCCAUAAACACAGAUCAGGUUUGUGGGCUGACUGAGGCGUCACUAUAUUGACAGGUCUGUGCUAUUUCCUAAACAUUUACUUUAGUGCACAUUUUAGCAUGUUCAUUUUAUGGUAAAAUGACCCGACGGUCCGGACCUGAGCAUGUUCUUGUCCAUCAAAUCUGAUACAUGUAGUUUGAAUUGUUUUUUUACCCCAGAUAAGUUUAUAAUAGUUUUGUAAUUAAUUGAUUCCUAUUUGAGUCUUGUUGGUAGACACAAUUUUAUCUCUAUUAAAUUUAUAUUGUAAUAUACAUGUAUGUGUUUUGUUAUAAUUCUUGUUUCUAGCAUUGUUGUUUGCUGUUCUCAAUACUAAACCAAGUGCUAUUCAUGUGUUGUUUCUUAUUAAAGCUUGAACAAUUGAA